AUUUAUCUCUGCGCGUUUAGUUUUUAGUCAAUUUAGUUGUUAGUAAGUUCUCAACCAAAUUAAAUUGGUCAAGAUGAAAUUUCUAAUUGUGUUAAGUGUACUUGUGGUUUGUGCUAGUGCAAAGCCAUUCUUCUUCAAACAUCCACUCCUAUCUGGAUUAUUAGGCGGUGGAGGAUCAAGCAGUAAUGCUGCAGCAUCAUCUUCAUCAUUUUCAGCCCCACCUCCAGAGCCUGUUUUCGUCCCCGCACCCCCUCCCCCAGCACCAGUAUAUCACCCUGAACCCGCCCCAGCACCUAUUUCUUCAGGACCAGCUUCAAAUCCAUUAGGUGGUCUUCACAGCCUUAUUAUGAUCCCGCUCAACAUUAAGAAAAGUCUUCUUCAAGCACAUCAAGCCAAAUUUAACAAGAAAAUCCAACACAUUCUUGGAGCUUUCUCAAAAUUCGGUUCAUUAGGUGGCGGUGGAGGUAGUGGAAAUAGCAUUUCAGGCCCAGAACCUCCAUUAGUGCCUGUUGGACCCCCAGAACCCCUCCCACCUCCGAUUUCAUAUCCACCACCAAUCCAACCAGCACCAACUGGUGGAUUAAGCGGUGGUAAUGUUGACUAUAAUGCCUUAGGUGGAGGUCAAUCAUCAUACUCAAGCAGUGGCAGUCAGUCAAGCUCUUCAGGCAGUGGCCUUUCUACAGGAGGUAAUGUACAGACAUUCCAUCCACAACCAGCACCGAACACAAACUACCAUAGCAGUCCAAUUGUCCUCUACUUGUACCCAGUAGAUCAAUCCUCGUCACAUGCUUCAAGCGGAUCAAGUUCAGUUGAUUUCCAACCAGCUCCAAUUGCACCUCAACCUGAUUGCAAUCAUCCAGCUCCUCAGCCUGCUCCUUUUGUACCCCAACCUGCUCCAUUUGUACCACAACCUGCUCCAUUUGUGCCUGAACCAGCACCUUUCAUUCCCGAGCCAAUCGCUCCACAACAAACUUAUGGACCACCAGAUUAUGAGCCAGCACAGCCAAUUUCUACAUCAUUCUCAUCAGGAACAGCUUCAUCGUCAAGCUUUGAUUUUGAGCCACAAGUAAGUCAACCAGCUCCACAGCCACCAAACACUUAUUUACCACCAUCAUAUAAGAGACGUUUCUAAUUAACAGAAUAAGAAUUAAUUAUUUAUAAAAAAAGAAGUAAGCUUGACAUUCUCGCCAUUUUCUAAGUUUAUAAAUAGAAGAUGAUUUAAAUGCGAGCCAGUAAAAUUGAAUAUACUCUAUAAUAUUAUGUAUAGGGAUCACUGUAUCUGCCAUAGAUUUGUCUUAAUCAAUCGAAUGUACAAUGUACAAUACUGUAAUUAAUAUUAUGUAAUGAUUGUCAUGUCCAAAAUUUUCAUUUUAAUAAUAAUAAUGAUAAUAAAAAAAAAUACAGAUAAAAAAUGUUAAAACCAACACUUUAGAUCUAUUUUACUAUUUUGUUACCAAGCUGCUAAUCGAUUCCACUCUCAAAUGUGUGUACUUAUCAAUAUUCAUGCGUGAAUUUGUUAGCAUAGAAAUAUUCUUCAUUACAUUUCGCUUCUUGUUUGAUCGAGAAGAUGAUAAAAUAAGAAAAAUAAAAAUUUCUUGAUGGCCUUGAAAAAGCUUGAAGAAGAAAACUUGCC